GUGCAAGUAGCGGCGCAGUUGGAAGUGCAAGAAGCGGUCUAGGAGGAGGCAAGGCCGACUCAACAGUAGAGUCAAAAAAAACAUGUUAACCCCUCUUUUUCUUUUUGUAGAUAAUGUUCCUACACACCUUACCCAAGGAACCCGAUCGUCCCAUUCGUCGAACAACUCGUCAAAGCAGACGAAUUGCUGGAACGACGAGCAGAUCUGGUUGAUGAGGUACACCCAGAUCUGCAUCGUCCCAUCCCGUCUUUGUAGAACUUCUACCUUCGUUCGUCUUUGGCGAGUUCCGAAGCUAUACAAAUGGACUCCUGGAAAUGCUUUGGAGUGUAGGAGAUAUUUAGGUGUUGAUCCGGACUCUCCUCUGUUUGUGAAGGUUACUGGGUUUUAAUAAAUUGCAUUAAUUUAUCGAAAUGUUGGGUUUUUUUUUUCAGUAUCUUCACUCUCCUCUGUUUGAUUUUGUUUCUUGUGAUGAAUGUUAGUUAGAUGUUACAACAUCAGUCUAUAUAUGCGCAUGUGUGUGUGAUCAGUGAUCAUAUAUAAAUCUAUCCAACCUUGAAUAUUCUUUUCUCAAUCUAUUUUAUAGUUUUAGUGUGUCUAAAUAUACAUUUGUUGCAAUCAAUUUAGGAAGAAUUGAAGAAUGGAGAAAGAGAGGGGCAGAGAGAGUGAGGAAGAACAUGCCCUAGAUUGGGGUGGGUUUCGUCAAAAUC